AGGAACUUUGGAAAACUUGGAAGGAGGGCCGCGCCAAGCUCUCGGUGUGCAGCAAGCUCUGCUACGCCGUCGGCGGGGCUCCCUACCAGACCACGGGCUGCGUGCUCGGCUUCUUCCUCCAGAUCUACCUGCUCGACGUGGCGCAGCUGGACCCUUUCUCUGCCUCCAUCAUCCUGUUUGUGGGGCGAGCAUGGGACGCUGUCACAGACCCCAUGGUGGGCUUCUUCAUCAGCAAAACCUCCUGGAGCCGCUUUGGCCGCCUCAUGCCAUGGAUCAUCUUCUCCACGCCGUUUGCCGUCAUCUCCUACUUCCUCAUAUGGUUCGUGCCGGACAUCUCCAGCGGCCAAGUGCUCUGGUACCUCAUCUUCUACUGCCUCUUCCAGACCCUGGUGACGUGCUUCCACGUGCCCUACUCGGCGCUGACCAUGUUCAUCAGCAGCGAGCAGAGCGAGCGGGACUCGGCCACCGCCUACCGAAUGACGGUGGAAGUGCUGGGCACCGUGCUGGGCACCGCCAUCCAGGGCCAGAUUGUGGGCAAGGCGGAUACCCCGUGCAUCCAGAGCGCCGUCUUCCUUGGCGAGACCAACUCCUCGGUGGCCAUGGAGGAGGUGAACAUGACGCACGAGCCCGGCUCGCUCACGGACACGAAAAACGCCUACAUGAUCGCAGCGGGGGUCAUCGGCGGCCUCUACGUGCUCUGCGCCGUGAUCCUCUCGGUGGGCGUGCGGGAGAAGAGAGAGGCCUCGGAGCUGCAGUCGGAUGAGCCCGUGUCCUUCUUCCGGGGGCUGAAGCUGGUGAUGAACCACGGCGCCUACAUCAAGCUCAUCACCGGCUUCCUCUUCACCUCGCUGGCCUUCAUGCUGCUGGAGGGCAACUUUGCCCUGUUCUGCACCUACACGCUGGGGUUCCGCAACGAGUUCCAGAACAUCCUCCUGGCCAUCAUGCUCUCGGCCACCCUGACCAUUCCCCUCUGGCAGUGGUUUCUCACCCACUUCGGGAAGAAGACUGCGGUCUACGUGGGCAUCUCGUCUGCCAUCCCCUUCCUCAUCAUGGUGGUGGUCCAGGACAGUAACCUCGUCGUCACCUACAUCGUGGCCAUUGCGGCUGGCAUCAGCGUCGCAGCUGCCUUCCUCCUGCCCUGGUCCAUGCUCCCGGACGUCAUCGAUGACUUCAAGCUGCAGCACCCGGACUCCCGUGGCCAUGAAGCCAUCUUCUUCUCCUUCUACGUCUUCUUCACCAAGUUCGCCUCUGGGGUCUCCCUGGGCAUCUCCACGCUCAGUUUAGACUUUGCAGGGUACCAGACCCGGGGCUGCUCCCAGCCCAGCGAGGUGAAUUUCACUCUGAAGAUGCUGGUGUCGGCGGUGCCCGUGGGGCUCAUCCUGCUGGGCCUGCUCCUGUUCAAGCUCUACCCCAUCGACGAGGAGAAGCGGAAGAAAAACAAGAAGGCCCUGCAGGACCUAAGGGAGGAGAGCAACAGCAGCUCCGAGUCGGACAACACAGAACUCACCAGGAUCGUGUGACCCGCCGCGGGUCCCCCCCUCGACACCUGGGGCUCUUCCACGGAGCCAGCCGGGGCCGGAGCAGCCUCGAGCAGCCGCCGUCGCCUCCACCGCGAGCUCUGCGCCGGUCUCGUGCCUUCCCCGGGACCCGCAGGGCGCUGGUAGUGUACAUUACACAAAUUGACCCUGCGCGGGCCGCUGGCGUGCCUCAGGGGGGAGAAAACCCUCCUCUGUGCCAGACCCCGGGGAGCAGAGCAGGUCCCGCGUCGGAUCCUCCUGCUCCUAACGCUGGUGCCCGUGGCCGUCGUGCGCCCCGUUGGCACCGCGCUGCCUCGCGGCUCGCCUGCGGGACAGGGGAUAAAGGUUAGUGUACAUUACACUGUGACUGCAAAGGCGCCAAGGACACGAGCUCACCUCUGCUGUCUGCACGGGAGACACUUAAUUUAGCGAGCUGGUCUGUUGUUUUUUUUAUAGCGCCUCGAUUAACUUAAUGUAAAUACGAAGCUGUUUCUUAUUUGUAUAUGUCUGUACAGAAACCAAACGUGAGGACCUGUUAAUAUUAAUGUACAUAAAGUCAGCA